AUGGUUCCUGUAGUACAGCAGCAGCAACAGGCUUGUGUGGUGAAACUCUUCGUUGAUUCUUGUGGUGACGGCGAUGACGUCGAAACGCUUGGCUCACAUAAGAGCAAUCGCGUUUCCACAACGAAAUAUUCCAUUUUUACGGCUUGCCCUUGUCCAUCUUCUGGUGAGGCAUCCUGAAGACGCUUGAUUGUCAACCAAGGCUAAAAAGCGCCCAGGAUGCGCCUCAAGAUGGAUAAGGGGAGCUCUAACGUUUUGAUGUUCGUUCCACGCAACCUAUGGGAACAAUUUCAACGACUCGCCAAUAUUUGGUUCUUGUUCAUAUCCUUGUUGCAGUUACUUACGCC